UACUUCCGGUUGAAAAAAAAAAAAAAAAAUCUACCGGUACGGUAACUUUCCAUAGAUUUUAAUCAAUGAUUUGAUAAAAGAUAAACAUGGCAUCAAUAACUAAAGAUGGAGAUAAAGAUAGAAAGAAAAAGAGAAUAAUCAAAACAGAAUCUUCAUCCCCAGAUGUUAAAAAGAGCAGAGUCGAACCAUCGAAGGAUGGGGCAGCUUUAUUUUAUGCCGAAGAAACAGAAGUUGAUACACGAGACCCACAGAAAGAUUUAGACUUAUUUGAAGGAGCAUCCAGUGUUAUUAAAAAUGCUGUUACAGACAUACAAGCCAUGCGAGUCAGUGGCAAGAUGAAUAAUGCUGUAUUAGACGAAAAAAGAAUCCAGGCUACUCUACAGUUUGUUACAUUAAAGAAGAUGAAUAGAUUAUCACAUUUUAGAUGUCGUAAAGUCAGAGAAGCUACAAAUGAGGCUAAACAAAGAAUAGAUCAAUAUCAUUUACAACUCCAGAAUCUUUUAUAUGAAGCUAUGCAUCUUCAAAAAGAGAUAAAUAAAUGUUUGGAAUUUAAGUCUAAAGAUGAAGAAAUUGAGUUAGUGCCAGUUGAACAGUUUUACAAAGAAGCUCCUGAAGACAUUUCUAAACCUAAAAUAACUGAAAAUGACGAUCACCAGUUGACAUUGUCAAGAUUAGAUUGGGAAUUAGAACAAAGACAGAGGUUAUCUAAGAAAUUAAAAGAAGUUUCCUGUAGUAAAGAUGAAAUAUUAAAAGAAAUUGACACAAAGCAAGAAUAUCUCGACAGUUUACAACCAAAACUUAACUCAAUUCUGGAGGCUACUAAACCUGUACAAUCAUAUUUGAACAUGCCGUAUGAUGAGACUAGAGAACAACAUCAAACAGCUCUACAUUUACCUCAUCCUCUCUAUGUUCUAUAUAUGCAAUCUUCAGCUUAUAAAGAUGCUUGUGACAAAUAUUUGAAAGUUACUAUAGAAGGAGACAUUCAUUCAGCGAAAACUUUAGAUAUGUCUGUGCAAGAAAUAGAAGAAGAUAGUGACAGCGAUAAUGAAGAACAAGAAAAGAAAACAAGACGGCGCAAAACAACUGAAGAUAGAAGAUCUGACAAGAAACAAAGAGUUCUACGUAAACAUCCCCUAACGGUUGCCAUGGAGAUUAGUUGUAAAGAAGGAAGUAAACUACUACUUACAUUUUCCUAUUUACUACAACUAGAGAUAAUUACAGUACAAGUUAAAGUUAUACCAAGUUGUUUAGAUGCUGUACACAAUUCUAUAUCAGGAGGGGAUUUACUGUUGCCAGACUCUAUAUUAAAUGAACUGUAUCCUGGUGACCAUGGUAACAACACACCCAAUCCAGCCAAUCAGUAUGAACUUCAGAGAAUGGGUCUACAUGAGUUCAGUGAUUAUGUAAGUCAAGUAGGUCGACCAUAUCAGUGGACACAAUGGUUGGGAGGUUUACAGUUUCUUGGUGAUGGUAACCCUGUUACUGUUAGAAGUUCUUUUAGUUCGGCUUAUAUGCAACAAACAAUAAAACAGUUACGUAAAAGAUUAAAGGCUAGAUUGGCAUUACUACAUCAACUAGCAACAUUAGAGAGAAACAGUAUACCAGUAAGUAGUUGUCUUAUCGAUAUGUUUCCUGUUAAAGUCUUGAGUCGGCUUGUAUCCUGGAAACGAUCUACAUAUGAAGAUUUUUGUAGUCUAGAUUAUACCAAAAAUAUAACAGAAGGAGACAUGGUAUCAGAAACUGAUAUUUUCUUUACAGCUGUAAUGGAGAGAGGUUCAGCUAAAUUAACUUGUCAGGUUGUAGUAGGUGCUGACUAUCCUACAGUACCACCAUUGUUUGUUGUUAGUAUUUCCUGGCAAGUUCAAAGAAAUGCUACAAAUGACGUCCAUAUAAAGGAACUAGAAGAAGAAGUAAAUGUACAUUAUACAGAACUAAUCAAACCUAAAACCCGAGAUAACCUAUUAUCCAAUCAACUUCAACGACUUCUCAUGUGUUUCGAUGUUUAUUUAGAAACAGAAUCACAUGACCUAUCCGGGCCAGUUGAAAUACCUAAAGAUAAAGUAUUCACUAGAGUUGCCAGGGGGCCAGAUAGAAAGAAACCGUAUAAAUAUAUACCAGAUCUUGGUAUAUUUACACAUCGUUAGUACUUAUUGUACAUUCAUAUUGUAUAUAUUGUAUUUCACCAUUAAUACAGAAUAGUUUUAACACUUAUUGUACCUAUAUUCUGUAUUGGUGUCAUCACAAAUAGUAUGCUGUCUUAUUCAUACAAUAAACAAAUUAAUCAAUGUA